UUGCGGCUUCCGCAGCCAACACAUCGGCACGAAGAAAAGUCGUCUGCUGAGGUAGUAGCAAAGCUUCAGGUCCAAGAAGAGAGGCAGGCGCAUGGCCAUGGAGAUCAAGGGCUCCAGGCAGCAGCAGGACGGCGCCGGCGCCGGCGUGAAGGUGAAGUUCAUCGAGACGCAGUUCAUCAGCUCCGACGCCGCCAGCUUCAAGGCCGUCGUGCAGCGGCUCACCGGCAAGUCCCAGGAGGCGCGGCCGCCGGCACCGGAGUUGCCGCAAAGGCCACGCCCGUGCCGACCGGCCUUCGCCAGCGGCGGCGGCAACGCAGGGCAGCAGCAGGCCGGGUGGGUGGGAGAGCAACGCGAGGCUGCAGCAGGCCACCUGAUCGCCAUGGCGGCGCCGAAGCAAGAGCCGCACGCAGCACCGCCGCACCUGGAGGAGCUGCACGUGCAGCUCCGCGACUUCUCCGACCUGCUCUACGCCACCGGAGGCACGCGGCAGGACGGCGGCAGCUGCUUCCUUUACUGAAAUGAUGGAGUCUGUGGUUCGCCGUUGCGAAUUUGCAGUCAUCGACUUGAGCAUAUUAAUGGUCGAGGAACUAGGUGCAACGAGAGACGGCCUGUGAUCGGUCUCAAGUCCAAACGAAUGUACUCAAUGUGAGAACAACAAAUCCUGCACAUUUUGCAUGCAUGUGGUGGCAAAUUUUAUAGAUUUUCUUUUCCUUACAUGUCUGGAAGUUGUGAAAUUUCUUGCAUGGAGUUACUCUCGGAUGGACGAUUUUCACUAUAAGCACAAGAUUGCUAUAUAUAAUUAAGGCCGUACAAAUUCUCAGCUUGUGCAA